UCUCAAAGCUAGCUUUGCAAAAUCCUUUCUUGGUUGAGCUUUGCUAGCUGGUUACUCUGUAUAUUAUUUCAUUUCCAAAACCAGAGAAUGGCAAGCAACAAUGUUGAAGCUCAGGUGCCAGAAGAAAUGCAAAACAAAGCCAUUGUGGAUACACUUUAUAAGGCACUGGCACAUGGUGACACCAGCACCGUGGUCAAACUGCUAGCAAGUGACCUGGAGUGGUGGUUCCAUGGGCCUCCGCGGUGCCAGCAUAUGAUGCGGGUGCUCACCGGGGAGUCAAUCCACACGGAAUUCAGGUUUGAGCCAAGGAGCAUUGAGGUGGUUGGUGAUUGCGUGAUUGCAGAGGGUUGGGAAGGAGCACAAGCGUACUGGGUCCACGUAUGGACUUUGAAAGACGGUCUGAUUACACAGUUUAGGGAGUACUUUAAUACAUGGCUCACUGUGCGGGAUGUGAAGCCACAAGGCUGGGAAAUUGGGCACGAGAGCCACACUCUGUGGCAGAGCCACCCCAGGGACUUGGCACGCCGCUCUUUGCCCGGCCUUGUACUGGCCAUAUAGAUAUUAGGAAGCUACCGGUUCAUUGCUUGGGACAUUGCAUGCAUGGAAAUAGUCAAAAUGGACCUACGUUAAGCAUCUCUGUCUGUUUAACUGUAAAUUAUGUAACCGUGUUUUGCAUGUGAGCUAGCACAAUUAUUAAAAACAAGGUUCUUCGCUAUUUAGUUUGGCUGGAUGGAACUAUCAAAAAAGAAAAAAAAAAACCGAAGAAAACCAAAACAAAACAAAAGAUUUGGAAUUGAUUGACAGUCAAAGAAAUUCUACUACGAAAUACCAAGUAACAAGCUGGAAAUGUUAAAUCGGAGACCAAGGGCACUAGCCUGAGGUCUGAGAAGUGAAAGAAAAAAACAUCGUGGAAGAAUACUGCAAAACUAAUUAUGUUUGCAGGCAGACAAUUUAGGUUCCUGCAACAAGGAAGCAUCAACAACAUAAAUGCCAUUGAGCACAGUCUGCUCUGUCAGGUUUCCCCACAGCAAGAGGGAUCAACGAUACGUUCCCUAUAUAUGAAAUUUGAAAAGAAAAAGAAAAAGAAAAUCCUAGCCUGAGGUUGGUUGUUAGUUAUCUACUGCUCAUCCUCGACUGGAACUAGAGGAUUACAUUUUGUAGGAGGUGAAGGCUCCAGGAAAACAUGAAGUGCCAAUCCACUACGCACAGAUUUCGACAGGCUACAGCUACUGAUAACAGAAGUACUACCAGGAGCUUCAACCUUACCCUGUGUUUUGUUUUAUAUUUCUAUGUUUCAAAUUCAGAAAAACAUCAGUACCAACUAA